AAUGUAGGUAUAGCGAGGGAGCUUACAGAACAUUCACAGUGUGGUCUCGUCUUUGGAGGAGACACGGCCCAAACCUAUAGAGUAGAGUGGUCCAUUCCUCUAUAACCCGUCUGUGAAAGAACAAAUGCCGUACGCAUGGGGUGAGGAGGCCCACACGUGCGAGGGGUCGCAUAUGGGGAGAACAACAACAAUGGUUCACGUGGCAGGUCACGUGUGGGACCCCACACAGACACCAGUUGAGAGGUUCACCGCGUGGAUGAAUGAGUGAAUCUUUCUUUUUUCUUUUUGUGUCAGUUCUUAUUGUCUCUCCCUGAGCAACUCAUUCUCUGACUCCUCCCGUGCCAUUUUCUUUCCCUUUAAUAGUAUGUUUCUCAAACAUCCCUAAAACUUAACAGUUGUAUCCAUUCUAACCAAGAUUCAUUUCCAUUGACAAUUAGAUUGCAAACUGAGCAUUCAUACUUUUUCAACAGCAUUCAUCUACUAUGUUUUAAUGUGGAUAAUGCCACAACAAUGAUAUUGAUACAGUUAUCAACUAUAUAUGUCACUGUUGUAAACUAUAUAACAUUGUCUAGCAAACUUGAUCAUAUAAAAUGAAAAGAACAUAGACCGAAGUGUGACAAAGAUAUAGGAUGGAAACAAGAAGACAUACAAGUGUUUUUAACAACAAAAGAAAGACAUAAGUGUUGAUGAAACGAGGAACAGCCAAGGAACAAGAAAGGAAGGAAGCAUGUGAGAGAACUGAAAAAGACGCAAAACAGGUACAGUUCCUUAACCUGUCCUUGUCUAGACAACUCCAAUGAAGCAAUGUGGAUGUAGGAGAGACUUUGCUUAAAGUUAAACACGCACAUGAUCGUUUAAUUAAAUCAUUAAGAACUUGCUAAAUGCUAAUUGAAGACCGCACUAGUGUGGUCCUUCUGGUAAGUGAACAACACGCGCCGAGAUCGCCAGUUAUAUAUACGUCUUCUCUGUGUUCUCUCUCAUUCGUCGUCUUCCUCUACAACUUCCGACAAAGAAGAAGAAAAACACCAAAACAGUUAAGACGUUAACUCUUUCUUCUUUUGUCUCUUCUUCUUCAGAACAAAACAUGCAUAGAUCCAAACCUCAAUCCAGAAACCCGUCAUUCUCCUCCACUCUCCUCGAUGAAAUCUACAAUUCCAUCGAUCCCAAAACCAAAAAGACUCAACCUUUUGUCGGCUCUGUUAAGAAACAGAGCAUCAGCGUAACCAGAUCAGUUCCUGACCGGAAACUCCACCAAGAUCGGUUCUUUGGCUCUGUCUCCUCUUCCUCUGAUUCCAACUCCAGUAUCUUCUCAUCUUCCGACACCGAACUAAGUCACGGUACUAAGAAGAUAACUUCUUCAAGGCCGUUGUGUUUCGGCCCAUCUAAGACAAAACAGAGUAAAACAGAGGAUAAAGCUCUGUUUCACCAAAACAGAGCAACCCGAGUGUUUCACGACUGCGAUUACGCCUCGGGUAAUCAAAAGAAGCUCAAAACUCCAUCUUCACCUGGAGUACGAAUCGUUAACUUCAUCAAUGCCUUGUUCAGCAAACAAUCAACGGCGGUUAAUAGUUAUCCGAGGAAGACGAGCUACGAAGACUCUGCAUUCUCUAGAAAACGAACUGAAUAUUACUAUCCAUCCACGGCGUGUUCUUCAGCUUCUUCCUUCUCCAGGUCUUGUCUGAACAAACGCUCCGAGAAAUCAUCUGGCCGUACCAAGCCAAGCGUUAGAUUUUCUCCGGUCAAUGUGAUCGUCGAAGAAGAAGACUAUCUCAGCAGCGGCUAUGUUAGAAAGUCGGUGAAGAAGAAUGUGGAAGAUGGAGGGAGGAGAUCAGUGGAGGAGAUUGCUAGAGAGUUUUUGAGAGAUUACCACAAGAAUCAUGAAAACAGUUUGGUCAAGAAUAAUAAUGAUCUCGAGGAUUAUGAAGAUGAGGAUGAUGAUGUUGGAAGUGAUUCGAGUUCGGAUUUGUUUGAGCUGGAUUUAGUUGGAACUCGUCAUCAUAAUCUGUACGAAGAUGAACUUCCUGUGUAUGAAACCACUUUUGCUGGUUUGAUCUUGUGAAGCUUUUGUUACUUUUUCUUUAGGUUUUUCGAUUUUAUUUUUAAAGUUUUUGUAUCAUGGUGAUUCUUUCUCCACAUCUGUGUUUGGUUUUUGUAACUAUAUGUCGUGUUAUAAAUUUUGUGCUUGUGAAAGUAUGAACGGAUCAUAUCUCUCAUAGCUUCAUUUUACCU